AUGGAAGCUCGGAAGCGAUUCCAUCCCCACACGAGUAAGGAAUGGGAAAGCUUUCGACAUGAUUUCACGAGGCUCUAUCAAGUCGAGGGAAAGAAGCUCCGAGAGGUAGUGGAACUCCUUCGUGACAAGGGCUUUCAAGCAAAUGAGCAUCACUGUAAGACAUACAUAAAGAAAUGGCGCCUGGGCAAGUACAAAAAGGAACUCGAGAUGAUCUUCGCAGCUCAGAUACAGGCCAGGCGUCAGGGCAAGAAGACCAUCUUCAAGUCUCGAGGCCAGGAAUGUCCUGAUGGAGAGAUUCAACGGUAUUGGAGCAGAAGACCGGAGGAGCCUACAGACUUUGAGCCUAUUCCAAAGACCCCAGAAGGACUCGAAUAUUGGACUCCUGCACCAACACCAGGUGGCACAAUGACAGAGAUAACGCCCCUUGAGGAUGUCUCGAGCCCUGAAAUCCUUUCUUGUUUUCUACCCAGUGACCGCUCGGUGUCGACCAGAACAUCGCCGCGCAUCACUGAGAUAUGUGAUGGUGCAGAGAAUAAUUCUCCCUCAUCCGUUGAUGACACCAUAUCCGUGGACGGUUGUAGCGAGGCUUGCCGGGAGUAUGAGCAACCCUCAUGCCCAUCAUCCACAGAAGUAGCUGGAGUAUUUCUACCAGCAGCUUCCCAGAUCCUGAUGCCCAACUACCAAUCAUUGACAUUACAACCUCUCCAGUCCCCCGAGUCAAUCAGAGACCGAGAGUAUACUCUGAAUUGCGGCAGAGAAUAUUUUCAAUGGUGGAUUGAGAAAGUGUACCGGGCUAGAAUUGCGUGGAAUCAUACUUCUCCGGCUGUGGAGAAAUUCAGAAACGCAAGCUAUAGUCUGGCAUCGUUCAUUGAGAAUGACCUCUCCAGGGACCAUAUUGAGCUCACUUAUCUUGACCUUGUUGAAAUGACCUCUCACGUGCUGCACAGAGAGAAUCCGACGACCAUAAUACUACUCAUGGACAUAAUGGGAAUUGCCGUGCAAAAUUUCCCGAAAGCAUUGCCGAAGAUACAGAAGAUACUGGACCAUGCUUUGAGUCAAGCAUUGGAAUCAUCGGGGAAAGAUCAUCCGUCCACAAAUUUAAUGAGGGCUAUCCGUUUUGCGUGCUCGGACUUCUUUGAUUUUGCAAGUUGUGCAAUUUUGCCGGGAAAAGACCUCCUCGCAGAAGCUCUUAACGACCAAAACGAACUUGUUGCCAACUUGCUUCUGCUUUUGGUCGAUUUAGGCAUACGAGACAGGAGCCCAACAGCAUUUCAGUAUGCUCAGGAGUUGCACCAACAUGCACUCGCCAGAUAUCGAACAGAGAAGACCGAUGCGGCUUUAUUCAGCCUUUCAUCGAUUGCGGUCAGAAUUACAGAACUCCAAAGACGACAGGGAAACUACGACGAGGCUAUGGGAUUGAUGAAAGAUGCAUCUGGGAGACUCAGUGCCUUCCAUGACACGAGAGCACAGGUGCAAGGUCGUGCUGAUCUACUCUUGCAAUUAGGCUAUCUCAAGUGGGAUGAAGGGCAUUUUACUGCUGCAUUGGAUGCCUUCAAUCAGUGUCUAUCACUCUCUCUCCGAGUAUUCGGGGUGGACCACUAUAUGACAAUGCAUACUGCUGCCUGGGUGCGGCAUGCUCAAAAAAUAGUGGACCAAGAAGCCAGAGGUACAGAGAUGUGGUCACGAUUGCAUGCGGCGUCACUCUGA